AUGGUCAAUGAUUUACAAUGCAGGUCAGGGAAAUCUGGCAUUUGGAAAUUCGUUGAUGAUAUUAUUAUGUGGAAUAGUGUUCCUCAAGAUAUACGAAAGCUUCAAUCGUUAUCACAGUUUAAGAAAGCUAUACUGUAGAUGAGUAUUAUUAAUAACAGUAAUUUAAGCGAACUCUCACACGACAGUCUUAUAAACCUGUGGUAGUUUUCAGAUUUUGUUCUUGUUGCUGUAUGAUAUCUAUAUAUAUAUUGAAGAUUUUACCGUGUUUAAAUAAAGUUUAUUGUAGAGUCUUCGGUGGCGCAGUCUUCAGAGCAAGCGCCUUUCACCUCUGAGUUCGUGGGUUGGAUUCUCACUACAGACUCAUGCGAAGAAUCAGUCAACGCUCUGUCGAAAGUCGUGGAUCUUCUCCGGGUGCUCCAGUUUGUUCCCACAGGAAAAGUUAACAUGGCGGGGGUUAGAAUAUACACAGUUAAAAAAGCAAUAUCACAAUUGUUGUAAAGAUAAAAUAGUCUGGACUAAGUAUGUAAUUAGGUAAGCGUAACACUUGAUGUAAAGCGCAUUUGAUCAUAUCUACAUGCAAAUUUGCGCUAUAGAAAUGUCAAUCGUAAUCGUUUUGUGUUGGAGUUUUCGAUGACCUCUUUUAAUCUAAAUUCUCCCAAUAAACGAACUUCCUUAGUUUGAAGAGUGAGAGUUAAAUUUGACUCUCUCACUUUCGACUUCUUUCAUUCCAUUACUGAAUCUACUGUAUAAUCUCUUUUCUACUUUUGUUUACGUAGGAUAGAACUUGAUCCCACUUUCGUUUCUGUGGAAGAAACGAAAUGGAUGUUUGAGGACCUGAAAAGUCAGAUACCUUGGCAAGAAAAAAACAUCAAGGUUCAAGGUAAACAUGCGUAACCCACUCAUUAUCUGAUUGUGAAUUCAUGAAGAAAACUGGACAACGAAAAUUUGUUCGUAUGUGUAAGGUGUAAUAUGUUCUGCCCUAAAUUCUUGGCCAGAAACGAUAACUACGUAUACCGAUAUUUUCGUUAUCGGCUCAUCUAUUUUUAAGGGGCGACCAAUACGGAAUUAAUCUAAUAUUAAGAAAUACUGAUUAAUGAACUAGCAUUCAUAACUAAUAUAAUUAAUUAAUUUCUUAUUAAUUGGGAACGUAAAGCUAACAAUUAUUCUCUCUUAACGUUGAACGCCAGUGAGAAAUGUGGGUGCAACUUGUGCUCACUAUGAAAACCUUUUAAAGAAAUCCGUGUUUCUUGCAGGUCAAUAUCAUCGUCAACCUCGUCUUACUGCAUGGUUUGGUGAUUUUCCUUAUCAAUAUUCAGGACUUACACUCAAACCAUUCCAGGUUAGCACGACAGUAUAUUGUUGAACUAAAUAUCAGCAGUAUUUUGGGCAUCUACACUCGAUAUAAGUUACAGUGUAACUAAUUUGUAGAAGGGCUUUGUAGAUGGAACUGGAAUGGCAGGAAUGGAUGGCUUUGUAGAUGCACUGGAAUCGCAGGUUCUAUUCUUGCCGAAGGACCUGUAGUUGCAUUUUUCGCAACUGUUCCUGGUUAAGUCUAAUAAAUGUACAAAAUUCACACUCGCAAUAUCCAUCUGCAAGUCAUUUCAACAAUUAGUUACAUCGAGUGUAGAUACCCAAUCCUGAUAUUUGUAUAGGCAAUAGCAUGGUUUUGAGUGCAAUUUGGAUAUAACAUGCACGAGUGGGUUUUUCAAAGACCUCAAAAUAGCACGAGUCCGAAGGACGAGUGCUAUUUGAAAUCAUUGAAAAACUCACGAGUGCAUGUUUAUCCAAAUUUCAAGAGAAGCCAUGCUAUUACUUAUUAAAAUUUACAUAAAAAUGUUCGAGACAAUUGUAGUUUUAACUGACUUUUAUAGCGAACAUUCCACUGGCACAGUUUUCCUGGCUUUGUUAUAUUAAUUAUAUAAGGCUAACGCUUGAAAAUUCCACUCACUAUGUAUUAAGUUUUGUUAGUCUUGUUUAAGGUAAAGGCUUUUUUCCAUUUUAAAAAAAAAGAUAAAAGCCAUAUUUUCCAACCGAAGUCAACUUUCACUUUAUGUAGCGCGAAGUAGCGCGGCACCGUGUUUGUUUUGUUUUGUUUUGUUUUGUUUUGUUUUGUUUUGUUUUGUUUUGUUUUGUUUCAAUCUGUGACCAUUACUUCUUUAAACUAAACUGCUUUAAACUGAUUGGUUGAUUUUAUCAUCACAUUGUUUUUCCACCAAUCAGAUCAGUUUGUUACAGAUUUUUGCACUGUGAUUACAGAAAAUUGCACUGCUGUUUGGGAUUAACUGCACUGAAAUCAACCAAUCACAGUCGAGUAAUAUUUUUAAUUUUUUAUGUAUAUUAUUAACCCAUAUACACCUUACAUUGGCAUCACCGUAGUAUUUUCAUGAACUUGUGGUUAGAGCUCGACUGCUGGCCUCUGUAGCUCCAUUGGUUACAGCACUGCACCGGAAUGAUCGCAGGGCCACAGGUUCGAUUCCUGCCAUCGACCUGCAGUUGCAUUUUUCGCAGCUGUUCCUGGUUAGGUAUGAUAAAUGUGUAAAAUUCACACUCAAAAUUUCCAUCUACAAAAACCCUUCAACAAUAUAGUCGAAAUAGUUGGAAACGUUUUCUCUCGAGUGGGAUUCGAACUCGCAUCUCUACCCAUUCUAGACCGCCGCUCUACCCAUCGAGCUAUCGAGUCAACAGGGAGUGCACGAAAUAUUUUCGUGACGACUAACGCUUGUCUUGGAGGACGCGCAGUGUUUCAAUUCUAUUUCAGAACCAUCCUCAGAGAUAUGAAAAAAGAACGGCGGUCUAGAAACCCGAAGAUACGAGUUCGAAUCCUGCAUGCUCGAGAAAACGAAAUUUUUGUUAGGCAAAAAACCCCCAUGGAUUUCCUGUUUCUACGCCCUACCUAGCUUUGGCUACUGAAAUCACCGACCCUAAUCUUUUUAUCUGAAGUUUGCAAGGAGCUUGGAGCAAUUUUUCGUUUCCAGUCCGUGGCAUUAAAUUUGUGCUAGCUGUACUGUAUAAUGUAUAUUAACCUGUUUGUUUAACAUUUAUAAUAAGUGAUUUAACGAAUGUUUGUGCCAUCUGUGCUGCCGUAAUUGGGUAGAAUGUCAUUCUCAUGCAUGAGCUACCCUACCUACGUUUUUGCAACAAGAAAUACUAUUGGAAACCAAGGUAUUUCUUUUUUGGCCUUGUACUCCGCAGUGUCAAAAUAAUAAAAAAAAUCAUAUCUCUGAGGAUGGUUCUGAAAUAUAUCAAUAACGAUAAUUUUUUUAAUUUAGUGGUCGCCUCUUCUUAAUAUGUUGCGGGAAAGAAUUUUCAAGAAAAGUGGUCUCACAUUUAAUUCAAUGUUGGCGAAUCUUUACAGGAACGAGAAGGAUAGCGUGGUAUGUACAACGUAAAUAAAUGUUUAUCUUAAUUUAUGUGUUUAUCCAGAUUAAAAUUGAAUGAUUUUAUUUGGUCGCGGCUUAAUAAAUACGAGCUAUAGCCAUGCAGGAGCACAGGUUGCUUUGUUGUCAGUGACCGUAAGCGCGCAAAUCUUCAACGUACACCUACACGCAAGGGGCUCAUCCUGGUUCAUCUGGUAACGAAAUUGAUGACCAUGAUUUGGGCAUGAUUUAAACCCGUAUAGGGAUUUUGUUUGCUAUUUGAAAACCUCCAUUUUGGGUAACAAAUAGUUCGUGUAAUUUACUCAGUCACUCAGCCAAUUUCCCUCCAUCAAACACUAUAUAGUGAUUUUUUCCAAACAGCUCAACGGAAACAAUGAAUUGCGAUUGUAAUGAAUUCCGCUCAUUGCGGUUUCUAUAUCUUUCACAUUUCUUCAGGACUGGCACAGUGAUGACGAGGCAUCGCUUGGAAAUAAUCCUACGAUAUGUUCAUUAUCAUUUGGAGAAAUUCGAAAUUUUGAAAUGAGAAAAAAACCUGAAGAGGUGCGAUAUGUCUUCUACAGAACGGUCUGUGCCAGUGUAGGUAUAAUACAACACAACACAACACAACACAACACAACACAACACAACACAUAUAACAAUGGCGGUCGUGCUGAGAACUGCUCUUGGUGUUUUAAUACUUAUUGCUAGUUUGCGUGUUAAAAAGUGUGCUUUCUUGAGCCCUGAUAGUAUGGGGUUAUCUAUUACUGGUAAUGAAGUAUCUUUCGACAUCGAAACUCACAUUCAAUCGAGUUUAUGGCAAGCAAAAGGUGGGAAAUUCAACUUUCGUGUGUGCUCAUCGAACCGAAGUCUGAUAAAUCUGCUGAUCUUAAUAUGUGGGGAUAUACAUUCCUGCCCUGGCCCAUCGCCAAUGGCUCAAUGUUUAUCGUGUCCAGCGUGCUUAAGAAAGAUAAGAAACAACCAGUCAAGAAUGAAAUGUAUAUCGUGUGAAAUGUUUUUUCACCUGAAAUGUUUUGAAGAAGCCGAUCGAGUACGUACUUGCAAACUCUGUCAAACGCCGGUUCUUGAUUCCACAGACCCUAGGAUUGAUAACUGCAGUAUACUGAACGAACUGAAGGAUAUUGUUGAGUCCCGUGGAAUUAAGUUAAUACAUCAAUACAUCAAAAUAUUUGCAGUCUCCUGAGGAAAAUGGACGAACUAAGACUAAUGAUAUCAGAAUUGAAAUCUGGUAUUCAUAUCUUAACCCUAUCGGAGACAUGGCUCGCAGAAAACAUCUCGGACGCAGAAAUUGAGAUCGCAGGGUAUCGAACAUUUCGGAAGGACAGAUGUUCUAAAGGGGGCGGAAUUGUGGCAUAUGUAAGAAAUGAUCUGGCAGUGGUGAGAAGGACGGACUUGGAAACUGUUGAUGUCGAAGGUUUAUGGCUUGAGAUAAGUUUGCCUAAGUCUCAUGGCUUUCUCGUUGGGGUGUUCUACAGGCCGCCUGACUCUUCAGAUUAUCACGAUUGUGAGUUUACGCCUAAGUUUGAUGCAAUGUUGGAUCUGGCGAUCGAACAAGGUAGGGAAGUAAUCAUAACUGGUGAUUUCAACUGUGAUUUCCUCCCAGUCAAGGCAACUACAUCGUAUUGUAAACAACUUAAAUCUAUCCUAAGAGUACAAUAUUUCUCCCAAUUAAUCAACGCUGCUACACGUAUAACCAAAAGUUCUAACACUUUGUUGGAUCUUAUUGCUACAAACUUCCCACAAAACAUAAGCCGCUCUGGUGUAAUGUGUACCGGUUUGAGUGAUCAUGAGAUGGUUUACUGUAUUAGAAAAAUUAACUGGAAGAGGUCACCAGAAAGGAUAAUUAGAACAGUAAGAAAUUAUGCAAAGUAUGAUGCGGCAAAGUUUUGCGAGGAUUGUGUCAAUGUCUUUAACAAUACCCUAGAUACAUCAUGCUUAUCCGUUAAUGAACUUUGGUUACGGUUCAAGUCACUCUUUACUGAAAUAGCUGAUAGGCAUGCACCGUUAAUGAAUAAGAAAGUAAGGUCUAAUCACCCUUGUGCAUGGAUAAACAGCGAGAUUAAGAAAGAAAUCAGACAGCGUGACCAUGAACUUAAAAAGGCUAGGAAAUCUAAUUCAAAUGAAGAUUGGGCAACAUACCGUAGGACUAGAAAUAAAGUAACAAACAGAAUCCGCUCAGCGAAAGAAAAAUAUCAUAGGAAUCUUAUUUAUGACAAUAGUCAUAACCCACGAUCGUUUUGGAAAACUAUGAAAAAGGUCUUUCCUGUGGAGAGUAAACAUGUGGCGACUAAUGUAUUGAUUGAUUGAUGGGAAACUGAGUAAAGAUAAACAACAAAUUGCUAACGCAUUUGGUGUAUACUUUACUGAAACAGUAUCGCGGCUGCACCAAUCGUUUAGUAAUCUUUGUAACAACAUAGGAAAUAUUACAUCGCAGUGUUUUUUUCAAUCGUUUAAACAGUGGUUUUGUAUUUAAAUUCGAGGAAGUGAAAGAGCAGUUUAUUCUAAAUAAUUUGCAUAAAAUUGAUGUUAAGAAAGCAGCUGGAUUAGAUAAUAUACCACCACGCCUUCUGAAAGACUCUGCUAAUGUUAUUGCCAGACCAAUCACAAAGAUCAUUAACGUAUCCCUCGAACAAGGAACAGUGCCUGAUGAUUUCAAACUUGCUAAGGUAAUUCCUGUUUUUAAGAAAGGACAACCCGAAAAUAUGGACAACUACAGACCGAUCUCAGUUCUUCCCACAGUGUCUAAGCUAUUAGAGAAAGCAGUCCAUGAGCAGUUGUAUACUAGAUUUUUAACAACGAAUCAUCUCUUGAAUCCUUACCAGUGUGGUUUCCGUAAAUAUCACUCAACGGAAACUGCGGUUAUUUCUCUCACAGACUCUAUUCGAAGGAACAUUGACCAAAAGAUGCUUACAGGAGCUAUAUUUGUAGACCUUAGGAAGGCGUUUGACACCGUAGACCACUCCCUACUUUUGGCCAAGUUGGAGAGUUACGGCGUAGUUGAAAGUGAACUUGAGUGGUUUAGUAGUUACCUUAACGAUCGAUCGCAAAUAGUUACCUUUCAGAAUAUGCAAUCAUUGCCAUGUAAUAUUUCGUCUGGAGUACCACAGGGGUCUAUUUUAGGGUCCCUACUGUUCGUCCUGUUUAUUAAUGAUCUUCCAGCAGCUGUUCAACAAUGCAAUGUUCUGAUGUAUGCCGAUGACACGGUACUUUUCUUCGCAGACAGGGACAGUGGUGUAAUACAGAAUGUGUUAACAACCGAGCUGGAAAAUUUGAGAGCUUGGCUGAUGGAAAACAAAGUGUCUCUUAAUAGGAAAAAAACAGAGACGGUGUUGUUUGGAACUAAUGCAAACUUAUCAAAGGUAACUAAUUAUGAGCUCUCAAUUGAUAGCUUUCCAUUGAAGCGUGUAACUGAUUAUUGUUACCUUGGUAUUACUUUAAAUGCAAAUUUGUCUUGGCAUUCACAUGUUGAUAAUGUAGCAAUGAAAGUGGGCAGAAGAAUUGGCAUGUUACGUCGACUACGGAACAACCUGACCCUAAAUGCGGCGGAAACGGUUUAUAAGUCGUUCAUUCGCCCUCUUAUGGAGUAUGGGGACAGUAUUUGGACGUGCUGUGGUGAGCAAAACAAAGGAAGGCUCGAGAUACUCCAAAAGCGUGCUGCCAGAGUGAUUUCCAGGUACCCGCGAAGUGAUGACGCAAUGGAAAGCCUCAGAUGGGACAGCUUAGAAUCAAGAAGAGACGUACAUGUUCUCAAACUGGUUAAAAAAUGUAUUCUAGGGAAAUGUCCACAAUUUUUUAAUAAUUAUUUCGUUUUUAAUCGUGACAGUUCCUCGCGAAUAACAAGACAAUCAGACAAACUUCGUUUGCCUAAAGUAAGAACUGAAUGUGCAAAGAAUUCUUUUUAUUAUUAUGGAUGCAAGGUUUUUAAUAAGUCUAAUUAAGUCGAUCGGGACAUAUAGAUAGUUAGUUUAUUGUAGGGAUUUUAGAUAAUUUUAUACUAUUUUAGAUAAAACUGUAUUGUAGAUAUACUGUAUAUUUUUCAGGGCCCCUAAGGAUAACAGUGAACAUUCACUGAUUGGGUCACCCUGUGUAAAUAAAGUUCUUACAUUACAUUACACAAUACAAUACAAUACAAUACAAUACAAUACAAUACAACACGACAUAAGGCAACACAAUGCUGUAUAUAAUAAAUAAUAUAGCCUUAGUGCAAAUAACAAUUUAUGGUAUAAAAGCUUUGCACGUUUCGAUUGUUUUGUCAUGAUAAAGCUGGUAAUGCUCGUAGUGGUGAUGAGGCAGAUUGAUGGUCAUGGUUUUCUGAUGGUGAUAUGAUGGUGUUGGUUAGGUAAUGAUGCUUGUGAUCGCAAUUCGCAAUACUUGGUCAUGGUGAUAAAAUAUUUUUUAUCUAAAGAAAAUCAUUGGAUUGUUUAUUUUAAUAUGUAUAUAUCUGAAGCUGAUUACGUAAUAAUACUGUAGUGUGAUGUUUUUAAUAUAUAUCUGAAGCUGAUUACGUAAUAAUACUGUAGUGUGAUGUGAUGUUAUAAAGUUGGUGUUUCUGAUCACGGAUUGUGGAUGAGUGAUAAGUGUUGAUGAGAAUGAUACAAAUCGACAAAGAAAAUUGCAGAUAUGUUCAUAUUUUGAUUUUUUGUGAAAACUGAUUGCUUGUAAUAAUUUGGCUCUUGCAGGAAGAUGACUAUUCUGACAUGGAAACCAUCAAAAUUCCACUACCCUCCGGCAGUUUGUUACUUAUGUCUGGGGCAAGUCAGUCUGAUUGGCAGGUAAAUGUAAUAUUUUUCAUAAUAAUUGUACUGGACCAAUAUUUAGUCAUUUUCAGGAUAUGACUCGUGGUUUGUGUCUAAAGUCUCAACUACCUGAAGAAGGAUUAAAAGCAUGAACUUCGACGUUUUGAGCGAGGACCAUCCGUUUGGAGGUUGGUGCCUAGCUAUGGCAACUUCCUGUCGAAGCACUAGUUUCAGCUUGUUCAAGGAUGUUGGGGCUCAUCAGCAUGAAAAAUACUCUCUUCUCGGCAUUUUCAGUGAAAACGCGUCUAGGUUCUUUCCUUUACGCUCAAAUCUCCGUAGAAGGAAGACCCUUGGGAACGAGGUUGAAGCGAAGAAUCUUUGUUCGAAAGGUCGAGGUUUUUUAUAUCCAGGCUGACAAGUACAAUGAUCCACCUUCAAUGAACCCCCAAGUUUGAUAAUUAUGUUCUGUAUAACAGUGUUUGUAAAAUAUUUAAGGCCUCUUUCGGACGUGGAACCUUUAAUUAAUAUGGUGAAUCCAGGGCUUUCAAAACAAGGCGUUGGCCGCCGGAGCGGGAGUUAUGAGGUUUACUGCCGGCAACUUUCUUUAAACAAUAUUGUGCAUCCACUUCGCUUUUAAGCAUUGGCCAAGGAAUAGCAACAAUAAACUAAUCAAAUUAGAUUUGUAAGUUUAACUAUUGUCUAAAAAAAGAACUAACUAUAGUAACUAGGCCAUGAAGGAGAAAAGUUUAUUGGAAAUUUCUCUGCUCAUUAACAAUUAUACAUAAUUAUAUUCUUUUGACAAGAACUUAAAGUAUAGUGUAACUAAGCUUAUAUAUAUAGCUGUACAAAAAUGUACAAAAAGAUGAAAAUAAUUCUAACACUGUCAUAAAAUAUUUCUUUAGACUUAGUAAAAAUAUUCCUGCAUUGAGGACAACCGCCUAUACUUUCUCACCACAGCCGCACUCAUUUAAAAAGAUUACAGUAUGAAAUAUAAGUUCUCGACGAUUAAGAGAUGUCUGCGGAGGAGGCUAUGAAAGCCCUAUGAAUCUAUAUUGUAAAUAUUAAUGUAACAAACCUUUUGUUUGAAGUUUAUUAUCCUUAUUUGUUAUCCCUAUUUGCAUUAGGAUUUGAUAAAUGAAACGUUCGACGUUUAAAACAGACCUUGACCUACUAAAUUUUGUAUUUGUGAUUUCAGCAUCGUGUACCAAAAGAAUACCACAGCCGAGGACCUCGUAUCAAUCUAACAUUUAGAAACAUCAUACCUUUUGAUACGUAGUGUUUUAUCUUGUUGUAAUGUAUUGUAAAUUAAUUAUGGAAUAUGUAAUUAUAUAAUAAAUAUUAUAAACUUAUGAUAAAGUGAUGAUGAACUAAUG